AUGAAGAAGAAGGCACUGAUUCGUGCACAAGACACAGUGCUGAAGAACAUGGUGAAGAUGAUGGAGAUUUGUGGUGUUCGUGGCUUCGUUUAUGGCAUCAUUCCUGAGAAGGGAAAACCAGUCAGUGGAGCUUCUGAUAACCUCAGAGGUUGGUGGAAGGAUAGGGUCAAGUUUGAUCACAAUGGUCCUGCUGCUAUGCUCAGGUACGAGGAAGAAACAGGGUUUGAAGACAUGGUUAGUGAUGGAUUCAAUGGACAGCCAUUAACAGCAUACAGUUUAAAUGAUCUCCCAGACACAACUCUAGGCUCACUCUUGUCAUGUCUCAUGCAGAACUGUGAUCCUCCCCGGAGAAGGUACCCUUUGGACAAGGGCAUUGCCCCUCCUUGGUGGCCCACUGGGCAGGAAUGGUGGUGGGCCCAGAUGGGCUUUACCAUAGAUCCAGGCCCACCACCCUACAAGAAGCCCCAUGACCUGAAGAAGGUGUGGAAGAUGUGUGUGCUCACUGCAGUCAUCAAGCACAUAUCCCCAGACAUAGCAAAGAUCAGAAACAUUGUUCGUCAUUCUAGGACCCUUCAGGACAAGCUCAAUGCAAGAGAAUCUGCCAUUUGGAGUGCUAUUGUGAAGCGUGAAGAGUACUUUGCUAGGAGAUCAUACCCUAAUUUCUUCCAAACCCUCCCUCCAAGAGCAGGACCUAGUGUCCCUUAUGAUAAUAAUGUUACAAAUUUUAUUAGGGGGCAACAAAGUAAUAGCCUUGGUGGUACAUUGAAUCUUCUUGGGGGGCUGAAUAACACACCACAACACCACAAUGUUGCUAACGGUCGUGCUUGGAGCUUUCUCGAUGGCCACAAUAACCCUUCAACUUCCACCAGUGCUGCUACAAUUCUUCUUGGGAACCCUCCACCAACCACCGAUUUGAUCACUGAUGAUGGUGCUACCAGUUUUCAUGGAGUGCAGAUUGAUACAGCACCAGCCACAAAUGGUGGAGCUAGAAAUUUCUUUGUGGGGCAGUUCGAUCCACCAACACCAACCAAGCAAUUUGGUUCAUAG